GUUUGCACAGAGAAAAGAGCUCCCAUGUGCUGAUUAACUGCUGAAUGACCCACAGGGGCUGGAACCAGGAGCUGGGAACCCCAGCCAGGUCUUCCACGUGGGUGGCAGGGACCAUCACUCGCUGCCUACCAGGGCCUGCACUGGCAGGAAGCUGGAGUCAGGAGCCAGAGACAGAGCCAGGAGCGGAGCCCAGGGUCGCCAACGUGGGACACGGUUGUCUUCACCACUCGGCUAAACGGCCCCUAUCUCUCAGAAGGAAAAGAAGGAAAGGGGGCAAGAAAGCUGAAGACAGGAGAGAAAGGAGGUGAGAGACAGAAAGGGAGACAGACACAGGCAGGAAAAAACAGUGAGACCCCACCCUGAUGGUGGAGGCAAGGCUGUGCUGGAGGCCGACGGGCCCUGCUGGGAGUGCACGGCGCGAGGAUCCCCAGCCUGCGUGCACUCACCGUAGAGUGACCCAAAGGUGGGCGUAAGGGCGCGCGGGAAGUCCCAGUGCUGGGCGCCUGACCCCACCCUACGCCUUCGCGCCGCUCUCCGACCCUCCCGCUAGGGGGCGACUGGGACCUCGGCGAGCUCGGGCUUCCCGGGGCCGCGACGGCCCGCCCCGUGCACGCCCCCAAGCGACUUCCUGGUAGGCGCGGGUACCGCCUUCCCCGGCUAGGUUUCGUUUCCCCGGGAGCCUCUGGGCAGUCGCUCGGCGCUCUGGGUCCCGUGUCGUCCCCAGGACCGCCAUGGCGGAGCUGCUGCCCUUAACCGAAGAGCUGUCGUGCUCCAUCUGCCUGGAGCCCUUCAAGGAGCCGGUCACCACCCCGUGCGGCCACAACUUCUGCCGCUCGUGCCUGGACGAGACAUGGGCCGUCCAGGGCCCGCCGUUCCGCUGUCCUCAGUGCCGCACCAGCUACCAGGUGCGCCCGCAGCUGCACAAGAACACGGUGCUGUGCUCCGUGGUCGAGCGGCUCGCGAUAGUGGAGCAGGCCCGGGCGCCCGGCGACGGCUGGACGCCGCCCGUGCGCGCCGCGGCCCCCAGCACGGUCGCCCAGGUGGCCUGCGACCACUGCCUGAAGGAGCCCGCCGUGAAGACGUGCUUCGUGUGCACGGCCUCCUUCUGCCAGGAGCACCUGCGGCCGCACCUCGACAGCCCCGCCUUCCGGGACCACCCGCUGCAGCCGCCCGUGCGCGAUCUGCAGCGCCGCAAGUGUCCCCAGCACAACCGCCUGCGGGACUUUUUCUGCCCGGAGCACGGCGAGUGCAUCUGUCACGUCUGCGUGAUAGAACACAAGACCUGCUCGCCCAUGUCCCUGAGUCAGGCCAGCGCUGACCUGGAGAACAAGCUGAGGUACAAACUCACCAUCAUGUACAGUCAGAUCAAUGGGGCGUCGAAAGCGCUAGAGGAUGUGCAAGCCAGGCAGCAGGGUGUGCAGGAGGCUACAAACAGGAAGAUAGAGCAGCUGCGACAAGAAUACCUGGAAAUCAAGGCUCUCAUCGAUGCCUCGGAGGCCAGCUCGACUCGAAAGAUAAAGGAAGAGGAGAAGAGAGUGCACAGCAAGUUGGACACCAUUCACCAGGUGCUCCUCAAGAAGAAGAGCGAGAUCCAGGCCCUGAAGGAGAAGAUCGAGGACGGCCUCAAGGAGGGGGACGAGUUUGAGUUUCUGGAGAAAGCCUCAAAACUGCAAGGAAUCGUGACGAAGCCAGUGUACGUCCCCAAGGUGGAGCUGGAUCAUGAGCUGAUACAUUGCGUCUACCAGGGCACCUUGGACUUAAAAAAUGAGCUGAAGCGGGCUACCAGGCAGCUCCAGGAGAGGAAGCCCAAGGAGGCCCCAGGCCCAGGUGACUCUACAGACCAUACAAAAAAGGAAAGGAGCAAACCCUCACACCCUGGGAAGAAGGUGUCAUAUGACAAGAAACCCAAGAACCCUUCAGCUGACACUGUCCCUCCGUCUCCUGCCCCUUGCCCACCUGCCAAGAUUCCCAUCUUCGGAGCCCUGGGACACGUUGUGAGUUUGAACCCAGCUGACGCAGAGGCUACAGCCAAAGUUGCCCUCUCAGCAGCGAGCUCAGCAGCUGUCAAGGCCACCGAGCUGAAGGCCUUCUUGGACAAGUCCAGACCCGAGCUCCUGGAGUAGCCGGCUUGGUCGCAACAGUGCCUCCUGGUGCGUGGAGUGGUUCAACACCAAGAUCUCAGCCUGGCAUGACAACGUGGAGAAAACUCUGCCCUCCACCAAGGCCACGCAGGUCGGCGUGCUUCUCAACUGUGACCACGGCUUUGUCAUCUUCUUUGCCAUUGCCGAGAAGGUCCACCUGUUGUAUAAGUUCAAGGUGGACUUUACCGAAGCCGUGUACCCAGCCUUCUGGGUGUUCUCUGCUGGUGCCACGCUCUCUAUCUGCUUCUAGUGGGCAGCCCGGGGACAUUCGGGCGUCCAGGACUCAGAUGAACAUGCUGCAUGGGGGAUGCUCCUCAGAGAACUUUCCAGAGUCCCCAAGGCUGGAAGGACCGGAGGAGCUGGAGGGUGGGAGGGGAGAUGGGAUGUGGAGGGAUUUGGCCAGGGAAGGAGGUGGGGGUCCCUGUGUUGUGAAGAGAGAUUUCUUCCUCCUAUGCCCCCUGGGGCACGGUGACCUCUUUCCUACUGCUCCUACUGUUCUCCAGGCUCUGGGCUGAGCUCUGGGGAGGAGUCAUAGCGCCCCUGUCUUCUUAGAAGUCUGUGUCCGUUGCAGGCUCUUUCUCAGGCUCCUUGGUCUGUGGCUCUUGGAUCUCUGGGGCAGGGUUCAGAUCUUGGUGUUUUGUUGACUGUUCAGAGUUUCAGUUCCAGACUCGUUGAUUCCCGAUGUGCUGUACCCCCUGCAGCUCCUGUUGGUGCCCGGUCUCCUGGUUAUUGUCUGUGUUCUAGGGACACCGUCCACAGCAGGUCUCCUCCCAGACCAGAGUUGCCCAGAGAAGUGUAGCCUCUUCCUUCACUGGAAAAUGGCCCUGCUUCCGUCCUCACCCUGUUGCCCCCAGGACCCCACUGACGGUUUUGAGAUGUCCAGUUGAACCAACAGCUUUUUAAUGAAGACUUCAAACUAAGAUCUGAGUCAGGCCUGUCUGGAAUUCAUGGUUCAAGGUCAAGAUGACCCACUCCUAAAUGUUACAAGAGGCGUCUUGCUGCUGCCCUGCAACCUUCACUGAGCCUUGCUUCUUGUAACCUAGGGCGAGGCGCUCUGCCCAGUAAGAGUGGCCCUGGCCUGGGUCAGCACAGGACAGGCAGCCUUGCUCUUGGCACGGUGUCUCCCCUUCUCACUGACGCCUCUCCCAAGCAGCAGAACCCCCGACCCCUGACCGUGAGAUACUGGACUGACUGGUGUCGAUCCCACUUUGGCUAGCACCCAGCUGCCACAGAUAACUGAAGCCUGCUGUUGUGCAGGCUGGCUGUGGGUGGCUGCCACAGGGACCGUACUAGGACAGCCACUGCGGUGACUUGCCUGUGGUGGCCCAAAGGGCCUCGCUGCAGGCGCCGUGGGAAACAGCAACAUUCCUGCUCCUCCCUGGUGACAGACUGCAAACCCAGCGCUGGCCUUUGCAUGAGUCAGAGGCCUGUUGCGGCCCUGGCCCCUUCUGUCUUCCUCCUUUGAGCAGGCUAGAGGUCUGGAAGACACGGGCCAGGGAGGGAAUGAGCCGAAUAGGGUCGAACUGAUGGCUGUGUUCCCUGCAGAGUUUCUGUGCGGUGAAAAUGACCCAGUCUGUCAAGGGAUAGGAGUGAAUGGACUGCUGCAAUUUUCUCAAGCUCCUUAAGCCUGCCAUUGUCAGGAUGCAAGUUCCCAUCCUGACAAGUGUGAGAAACUGAAUCUCUGGGGACGUGAGUCCAGUUCUGGGCUUUCCUAAGAGGAGAGCACUGGUCGGGCUUCUUAGGAUAUGCAAAUAGGUCACCACUGGGGAAGAAGAUACCCCAGACCUUUUCUUGAGGAUAUUUGAAAAUGUGACACAUCUCUGGCCUCUUGUUGGAAUCCCAGGGCUCAGAGCACGUGGUAUUCCCGACAGACGUCUGGUCUGUGUCAUCUCCCCAACAAGGACUUUGAGUUCCUUGGAAGAGAGAAUCUUUGUAGGGAACACAUCCCUACAAUGGCUGAAAGUUUUUUUCUUCUAUUGCUUCUUGGAAGAAAAGAUCUUUGCUGAUCCUUGUCUGCAUUUGAAAGGGUCCAUCCUUAUGGAUGGCCUGAAACAAAAGCCCUGCCUGAUGCCCAUUCAUGCUUGGGUAGCAGCCCGGCUUCGAGGAGUAGAAAGCCAGAGCUCUCAUCCACGGCUGCUGCUGUGGCUGUCUCGUGGAGAAACGGAGGCAACAGGGCCGACUCUCCCCUGGCCAGCGUGCAGCUCAGAUUAGGAAAGCCGGGGUCCUUCUGCAGACCAAAGCUGAGCCCAGGGCACAAUGCUUUGGAGCUGUAAGUUCUGCCUGCAACGGGGAGACCUUACCUCGGCCAGCCUUGCACGACCCCUGCAUGGCCCUCAGCUCCUAGAGCUGGAGGACCGAAUCCACCCGGGUCCUCAUCUCACAGAGUAAGACACGUGAGAGUCACUGUUCCACUCUCACCAUUUCGACAGGGAGCGGACGCUUUCUAGCACAAGGCAAAACCCUGGUACCAGAAAUAUCUAGAAACACAAGAUACUGUCCUGGGACUGGGGACUGAUCCAGUAAAGCAGGUCCAAUUCGAGACUGAUUGGUCGAUUAUUCCUGCCGUAAUUACUCUGAAGUUGAUCUGUGAUCUGUGACUAUAAUGCUAAUAUAUUCUCUUUUGCCUCAUUUCCCUUCUCACUAUGGAUUUUAAUGAAGCAGGAGUAUUUGAGCUAUAAUUUCUAGAGCUUAUUUUAUUUAGAGUUGAUUUUCUUAAGGAAAUAAUCACAGUUAGAGACAGGGCCGAGGUUGGCUGAUGGGCCUUAGAAGACCUGAGUGCAACCAAGCAGUGUGUGACACCCGUUCUGGCAUCACAGUGCAGGUGGAAAGUGGUACCUGUCCAUCAUGCUGGAGACAACAGGUGAUCAUCAGAAGGCCCAGGGCCCCACCCAGCCACUCCCUGGGCUGCAGAUUGGUCCACGUGAGGCAGGCCAUGGAUGCAGCACCCCUGGGGAGCUUUCCACGAAGCUUUCUCAGACUGGUAGGCGAGGCACAUGCGGGGGACAGUGAUGGGAAGGAAAGGUUCAUUGUGUUUUUUCUCUUUUUUAUUUGACAGGCAGAGUUAGACAGUGAGAGAGAGACAGAGACAGAAAGGUCUUCCUUCCGUUGGUUCACCCCCUAAAUGGCCGCUACAGCCGGCGCUGAUCCGAAGCCAGGAGCCAGGUGCUUCCUCCUGGUCUCCCAUGUGGGUGCAGGGGCCCAAGGACUUGGGCCAUUCUCCACUGCCUUCCCGGGCCACAGCAGAGAGCUGGCCUGGAAGAGGAGCAACUGGGACUAGAACCCGGCGCCCAUAUGGGAUGCCGGUGCCGCAGGUGGAGGAUUAACCAAGUGAGCCAGCCCCUCAUUGUGUUUUUUCUACUCUUGCGUAAUGUUUGAAAAUUUCUGGAAUGAAAAUUGGGAAGAAAAACAACCCGGGCCCUGUUUAGUGGAUUUUAUACCUGUCUGAACAAGGGUAGGAGUUGGAGGAGGUGUGGCUUUGAGGUCUGUUAAAGAACGGGGCUGAUCUUUGUCCCUGGUUCCUGAGGGAGACUAAGUCCUUGGAAUUUCCUGGGCUCUAAGAGUUCCUUUGUUAAACAUGAGCCCCUUGGAUCAUACCCUGGGUUUGUGAAACACCAGCCACCUGUGAUGAGAGGCUGGGGCUUCGAGCCUCUCCCACCUCCAAGGAGGGAUUCUGGGAGGGGGCUAGGGGAUUGAGUUCAGUCACAUAGGCAACAAUGCAAUCAAUCCUGCCUACACAGUGAAAUCCCAAUGAAAUCUCAGGACGUGGGGGCUCUGUGGUGCUUCCUGUUGUGAACGCGUGGAGAUGCUAGGAGGGUGGCGGGCCCCGAUUCCGCGAGGGUCUACAGAAGCUCUUGUGUUCCAGACCUUUGUGUCCUGUGGAAUAAAACUGGCCUCACGAGUA